GUCUCAGUCCAAACAUUCGCAGCGCGUGCCAUGGCAGGGAAACUGGAUCUUAUUUCCAAGUGCAUUAGAACUUUCCCUGAUUUUCCUACGAAGGGGAUUCCGUUCAAGGAUAUUUUUCCAGUCUUGAAGGAUCCGAAGGCUCUGGCUGCUGUGACCGAUCUCUUUGAGGAGCACGCAAGGCGCGCGUAUCCUCAGGUGGAUCUUAUAGUCGGACUUGACGCUCGAGGAUUUCUGUUUGGGCCGCUUUUGGCUCAGAGAUUAGGUGUAGGAUUUGCUCCAAUCAGAAAAAAAGGGAAGCUCCCUGGUCCCACGUUAUCAGUAGCUUAUAGUCUUGAGUAUGCAAAGGCCGAGGCGGAGAUGCAGGAAGAUGCUGUUUCUGCAGGACAGAAGGUCCUGAUCGUUGAUGAUUUACUGGCUACUGGAGGAACCCUGUAUGCGGCAUGUGAGCUGAUCAAACAGCAGAAGGCAGAGGUGCUGGGCUGUUUAGUGGUGGUUGAACUGAAGUAUCUAAAUGGAUCUGAAAAGCUGCAAUCAACCCCCGUGUUCUCUCUUAUACAGUACUGACAGUCUUGUCAAUGCCUGUUUAAAGCCCGGGAUACACUGCACGAUUUUAGCAAUCCUAGAAGAUCAUUUCUUUAUCACACUUUUUUCCCCAUGUAGCGACAUGGAUCGUUUAAACUUGGGUACGACAAGCAUGUAGACUGUACGAUGAUGACACCUAUUGAAUUGUAG